AUGAGGCUGAGGGCUCCAGUGUCUCGUCUGUGGGUGGACUCCUAGGGUCAGGGUAUCAUGCUGGGUCUCCUGUUUUCCACAGUUCAUUGGAGGUAAAAGAACUCUGGCUGAAGACCCUCCCGGGACAGAAUCAAAGCCGCACGCUAGUGAAACGCCCCCUUGGACUGUUAGCCCCAACUCCAAUGAAGUUGACAAGCAGUCUGGAUUCAAAAACACUUAAUGCCAAUAACAUGGAGACGUUGAUUGAAUGUCAGUCAGAGGGUGAUAUCAAGGCCCUUCCGCUGUUGACAUCAUGUGAGAGUGAAGACAGCAUCUGCCAGCUAAUUGAAGUCAAGAAGAGAAAGAAAGUGCUGUCCUGGCCCUCUCUCAUGAGAAAGCUCUCUCCUUCAUCUGACUUCCCUGGUUCGUUGGAACCGGAGCUGAAGGUGCCACUGUUUGAUCAACCCUUGUCAGUCAUCUGUGGGGAAAAUGACACACUCCCUAGACCCAUCCAGGACAUCCUCACCAUCCUCUGCCUUAAAGGCCCUUCGACCGAAGGGAUAUUCAGGAAAGCUGCCAGCGAGAAGGCCCGCAAGGAGCUGAAGGAAGAACUGAACUGUGGGUGCCCGGUGAACCUGAACCAGCUGCCGGUGCACCUGCUGGCCGUGGUCUUCAAGGACUUCCUCCGAGGAAUCCCCCUGAAGCUCCUCUCCUGUGACCUCUUCGAGGAGUGGAUGGGCGCCCUGGAGAAGCCCAGCGAGGAGGACAGAAUCGAGGCCCUAAAGCAGGUUGCGGAUCGCCUCCCCAGGCCCAACCUUCUGCUGCUCAGGCACUUGGUCUCUGUGCUGCACCUGAUCAGCAAGAACGCCGAGGUCAACAAGAUGGACUCCAGCAACCUAGCCAUCUGCAUCGGGCCCAACAUGCUCGCUCUGAAGAAUGACCAGAGCCUGUCCUUCCAGGCCCAGAAGGACCUGAACAACAAGGUUAAGACAUUGGUGGAAUUCCUCAUUGACAACUGCUUUGAAAUAUUUGGGGAGAACAUGCCGACACAUUCCCGCAUCACUUCUGACGACUCCCUGGAACACACUGACAGUUCAGAUGUGUCAACUCUGCAGAAUGACUCAGCUUACGACAGCAAUGACCCAGAUGUGGAGCCCACGAGUGCCGCCACUUCUCCCAGCAGGCAGCUGGAGGGGCACGCUGGCCUGGAUAACCGGGGCCCACAGGACACCUGUGAGUCAAGCUCAGAACCCAUUGUUGGCAUGGCAGCCAGGUUGAAAAGCUCCAUUGGCCAGCAAGACAGGCGGUUCUCUGAACCCAACAUGCCCCCCUCACAAGAGUGCCUCAUGGGCCAAACGAGAAAACAAAAGCUAACCAAGAGUGAGGAUAACUUCACCGUGCCCCAGGAAGCCUCUUGUUUGGAGGGUGAUGAGGCUGAAGAUCCAUUUACAGAGGAGGUCUUCCCAGCAGCUGAAGGCAAGCCCAGGAGACCAGUGGAUUUAAAGAUAAAGAACUUGACCCAAGGUUUAGCAUCAUCACAGGGACUGGUACCCAAAGCAUUUUCCAGAGUCUCCCCAGGUAAAUCUUUGGACAGCUCACCUCUGCCUUCUCCGUCCUGUCCCAAAAGAAACUUCUUCACCAGACACCAGAGCUUCACCACAAAGACUGACAAGAUCAAACCCCAGAGAGAAAUUAGAAAGCAUUCCAUGUCGUUUUCCUUUACGUCUCACAAAAAAGUGCUGCCCGGGACCUCCAGCAUGGGGUCUGAGAAAUCCAAAGACUUUUCUAGAGACCAAAUCAGGAAGGGUUUCAGAAAAGAAAGCCAGCUUGCUGGCAGAAUCAUCCAGGAAAAUGAGUCAGAAAUCCAAAGCCAAACAACUCUGGGCUUCAGCUUGUCUAGAACCUGGGCCCUCUCGGUUGAUAACGUGUUCCAGAUAGUGGAUGUGAGGAAUCCAGGGAGUCCACCAUCGUACGAAGAGGCCAUUCAUUACCAGGCACCUGGACUCACAGCCUACGGUGGCCAGACGGUUGCCAGUAUGAGAGCGAGAAUGCUCAAAUGGAACACAGCUCUGCCUUCUCGCCUUGGAGGUGACCACAGCGAAGGGACACCUGGUGGACACAGAGUGUCACCCAUGACUGAGCACUGGAAACAGAGUCAGACUGUCUGUGUCUCUGUGGAAACUCGGGGGAGCUCUGAGCUGCACCGACUGAGGACCGUGUCUGAAUCCAUGCAGGAGGCCAAGUUGGACUGUCUCAGGCAACAACACAUGGUCUUUGAGGUUGACCAACUCCAGUGUGCUAAAGAAUCCUACAUUUAGGAAAGGAGACCUUGGUGUAUGUGAAUGUAUUUCUGCACAGAGAACUGUCAAUUCUACAAGAAGUCAUGAAUAAGCUCAUUCAGAAUGCUGUGCAGAGCUCUCCUCUGUGAGGAUGGCUUGCACAGCGACACAUCAGACUGUGUGUAUAGCUGGGUUUGUGCAAUAUGGGGUAAAUGUCUAAAAUGUACUAUAGACAAGGUGUUAGAUGAAAGGGGUGUCGUGUACAUAAACCCCCGCAUGCAUGCAUUUAUGUACUCUCUAUAUAUUGCUGGUUUUCGUCCCCA